CUACGCUGCAGGUACGAUAUGAGGCGCAAAGGAGCUCGGCGUGGCAGUAUAUAAAGACAGGGGGGUCGCCAUGCCCCCCCGGCAUCGUUUUUCGAUAUUUUCCAACUUGCGAACAACUCUGCAAUCAGACGACGACGUAGUAGCAAUCAGGUCUAGCGAACCUCUCAUUCACCGUACAGCAGCACUUUUCGCGUCUUGUCGAACGAACACAUCUACCUUUCCCAUUUCUCAACACUCAUCGUCAAUAUGAAGGCCGCCGCUGUUAUCCUUGGUCUCGCUUGCGCCACCGGUGCCCAGGCCGCGCCUUUCUUCAAGCUCGGUCGUCAGGUUGCCGCCGUCAGCUCGGCCGUUGAUGCGGUCGUCACGCCCGUCGCCAAUGCCGUGACGCAGGCUGCCACCGCUGUCCAGGCGGCUGUGACCAACGUGGUUGGCGUGCAGACUAUCUUUGAUACUAGGAUUGUUCCCGUUGUCCAGCAAACCGCAGUCCCGGUCGCCGCAUCCGUCGCCGUGACACGCGAGGUGCUGGCCACCACCGUCGUCGAUGUGAACGUUCCCAUUCCAACGUUCUUCACCUCGCAAGUCGCGGUGCCCACCGUCAUCAUCGAGCCCGGUGCGCCUCUCAUCCAGCCCACCAGCACGCUGGAGGUGCAGUACGGUGUCGUCACGCGGUACACUCAGACCGUCUACCCUACCGUUAUCACUCAGUACAUCACCGAGCAAGUCCCCUACACAGUCCAAACCACCCAAACCGUCGAAGUGCCCGCCACCGUCGUCGUCCCGCAAGUACUCACAAUUUCCUCAGAAAUCCUCGUCCCCACCGUCGUCCCCGGUACCAUCGUCGAGGCCCGCCCCUCCCAGACCCUCGUCGCCACCCAAGUUGUCGAGAUCUCCGCAGUGGCGCCUGCGCCUCCUGCCCCUACCCCUGCCGUUUAGAGUACAAGCACUGUCAUGAAUAUGUGGGAUGGAGUCGCUUCCCCCUCACCCUCAUCUUUGAUUUGUUGAAUAUGUUUUUUUGGGGCUCGGGACUGGGCGGGUAGUCACUCAUAUAUCUUUUUGACACUUUGAUUGCUCUUUUCUUGCUCUGUGUUGUAUUGUGUUGUUUUGGUCACUACCGUGUUUGUUUGUUUUAAUAUAUAAGAGACGUAAAACAUAUCAUCAAAACAGUGCAUAUCCACUCUGAUACAUUCCGUCGGCUGUCUAUUCUGCUCGACAUUAUCUUUUCGU